CAGCGGAGGUUCCCAUUCUCCAUCCUGACGGAGUGACGGGUAUGGGAAAAAAAAUAACAAAUAAAAAAUAAAAAUAAACAAAUAAAAAAAAUCCAUACAGAAACAGAGAGCGCCUGUUGCGUAUACAUCCUUAAUUUCCGAGAUAAAAAAAAAAAAAAAAAAAACCGAGAGAUCGACCAGGGAGAGAGGUUGUUAUUAUUUAUUUAUUUUUUCUGAUAACAAGAAGGAAGAUUGUUAUCGUUUUCGUCAUGUGAAUCUGAUCGAAAUGGUUGAAUAGGUAGUGAGGAAUUCCAUUUUUUGAGGGGGAAGGGAAAAAGAGAAGAAGGUAGAGGAAAAAGAGGAAGGAAGUGGCGAUGAAGGGGGGUGGUGGUGGUUCACUUCCUGCGAAGAGGGCUUGGAGAGGGCUUGGAGUGGCAGUGCUUGGCCUCGUUAUCCUCUCUAUGCUCGUCCCCCUCGUCUUCCUGCUCGGCCUCCACAACGGCUUUCACACGACUGGAUAUGUAACCGAAGACCGAAGUCCUGCCUCAGACUUUGGAAGACAUGAUCCAUUGGAGCUCAGUAAGACUCAGAAUCAGUCAGAGGUAAUAAGUCUCAGUUGGACUAGGAGAAUAUUUCCGUCACAGGAGUCUCGUAAUCCAAAUCGAUCAGCACAUCUGGAUGAUAUAAUGAAAAGAUUGGGGCCAGCCUUUUCAAAGUUUAUUCUGUGUCAGGACAUUGGAAAUCGCAUCAAGGACGCUGAGGAUGAAACCAAUAGUAGGGGUUCCUCACAGGUCACUGCAUUUGGAAAGAAUGGUUUGCCUGCACCUCCAGAGAUUGUGCUGAAACAACCUCCUGAUGCUGAAAACAGGAAGUUUGAUGGCUCAGUUGAAGUCAGUGAAUAUGUGAAAGGGGUUAUAGCUGCUGAGGCAAAACUUCCUGCUCAUGACAAGCUGUCACGUGGGUUGAAGCAAAACAUUCAAGAGUUUGAGCAUGUUCUUAGUGAAACCACUACAGAUGCAGAUCUUCCGCCUUUACUUGGUGCUUUGAUCUUGCAACAUGAACAGAAGCACAGCAUCAGGGAGGAAUCACUAAGAGCUGGAUUGUUGCCUGCAAGCUUGCUCACAUUCCAGAACCUGGUUUAUCCUCUUGAUGGUUCAUGGGCUUUGUCAGGACUAGGUCAUGAUUACAGCAUUGAUUCCCAAGCCAUUAGGAGGGCUGCAGUGUUGCAUUACAAUGGGAACAUGAAACCAUGGCUGGAGCUGGGGAUUCCAAAGUAUAAAAGAUACUGGAAGAAGUUUCUGAAACGAGAAGAUCAGUUCAUGGGUGAAUGCAAUGUGAACCCAUAGUAAACCUCUCAUCUGAGUAGUGGCAUUACCCAGCAUCAGGGAAAAAAAUUUCGGUUCAGUGAGAAGACAGAUGAUCGAACUUCUUGAUGUUCAUUAUUUCGUGGAAAAGAAUAACACCAAUCCUGGCUAAGUGUAAGGCAGGAUGGCAUUCUUUUUGGUUUGGGAAGGGUUGGCAGGAAAGUCAUGAUCACAAUCUCUAAUUUGAAUCUGGAGAUACCUGAUUGCUUGGUAAUAAGGGAACCAUUACUUUUUAUCUGCAUUCGAGGUGAGAGCAGAAGAGAGUUCUAAUGCACUGUUGCUAGACCCAAAGGGUCCAAGACGGGGUUUAGUGUACAACAUGAUUGAGUGAUUCAGAUUGAAAGAGAGAAUACUGCUAAUAUGCGUAAUAGUCUACAAUGGAUGGGAAGUAAGAUCCACAAUCUGUAAAGGGAGCAUUGUUUAUUGAUGAUUGUUCACUGAAGAUUCAAUUGCCGUUUGUUCAUGUGAUAGAAGUGAUUGUUGGGCCAGUGUCCCAAAAUGGGUUACUGGUUUGUCUUAUUUGUUUGAUCUUUUGUUAUUGGAAUUUUCUAAUUGACACUGAUUAAGGUGUGGGAGUGAUUUGUAAUUUUACAUUUUUGUCUUGAGUAUAACAUUUUUUUUUUCCAAUUCGGAAAAAUAAUGUCAUUUCACUUGUAUAUGCCUUUUGAUAAUGACAAUGAUAAAUCACUUUUAAAUUAUUAUUUUUGAAAA